CGGCCAAUUAAGAGAGGGCGAGAGAGAGCGAGAGAGCGACGGAUCGAAACGCGCAAAACGUCCUGCUCGACAAAAUCGGCGCCCAAAAAACCCUCUCUCUCUCUCCAUCUCCCCCGACCCCUCUCCCCCAUUCCCCGAUCCGCAAACCCUAACCCAAAACCCUAAACCUCUCUUCGAUCCCCCGCUUCUCGGCGCCCAUGGCGGAGGAUUCCUCCGCCGCUGACGCCGCCGUCGUCGCCGCACCCGCUCCCACGGUGGAGUCGCUAUUCGGUAGGAGGAUCGAGUUCCACCCCGCGCGGAAGCCCUCUUCCGCCACCGCCGCCGCCGCGUCGGGCGCGAUUGGCGGCGGCGGAUUUCGCCUCGAAACUCUAAACCCCGGCGCCGAUCAGCGCCGGGGGCCGGCGGGGCCUGCAGGGCCUGCGGGUGCGCCGGCCACUGCGGCGGGGAAGAGAUCGGAGGGCGGGGAGUUCUACGAGCAUGGGUUGGAUCCGGAGCUCGGCUUCAGGAUCACCUUCCGGAGAAUCGGUGCUGGUUUGGCGAAUCUUGGUAAUACUUGUUUUCUGAAUUCAGUUCUCCAAUGCCUGACAUACACGGAGCCUUUUGCAGCAUACUUGCAGAGCGGCAAGCACAAGUCGUCAUGCCGUACUGCUGGCUUCUGUGCAAUGUGUGCUCUUCAGAAUCAUGUUAUGCAUGCUCUACAAUCUACCGGGAAGAUAUUGUCACCAUCUCAUCUUGUCAAGAACUUGCGAUGCAUAUCUCGCAAUUUUCGGAAUUUCAGACAGGAAGAUGCUCAUGAGUACAUGAUUAACUUGCUUGAGUCAAUGCAUAAAUGUUGUUUACCUUCUGGUGUCCCAAGUGAGUCUCCUAGUGCAUAUGAGAGAAGUUUAGUUUACAAGAUUUUUGGCGGUCGUCUUAGAAGCCAGGUAAAAUGUAUGCAGUGUUCCUAUUGUUCGAAUACGUUUGAUCCAUUCUUGGAUUUGAGUCUGGAAAUUGCGAAAGCUGAUUCUCUACAUAAAGCACUUAAACAUUUCACUGGGCUGGAGCAACUUGACGGUGGGGAGAGGCAAUAUCAGUGUCAGCGGUGCAAACAGAAAGUUAGGGCUUAUAAACAGCUUACGAUUAAUAAGGCUCCGUUUGUGCUCACCAUUCAUCUCAAGCGUUUUGAUUCUCAUAUUGCUGGUCAAAAGAUUGACAGAAAAGUGGAGUUUGAACCCAGGAUCGACUUGAAACCAUUUGUUAGCGAUCCCAAUGAGGGAGACUUGAAAUAUACCCUUUAUGGUGUCCUAGUUCAUGCUGGUUGGAAUACCCACUCUGGUCAUUAUUAUUGUUUCGUACGCACAUCAAGUGGCAUGUGGCAUUCUCUUGAUGAUAAUCAGGUACACCAAGUCAGUGAGAAGACUGUAUUGUCUCAAAAAGCCUAUAUGCUAUUCUAUGUACGUGAUAGAAGUUUGAUCGUAAAUUCUUCCAAGCACCCUCACUGUGAAAACUUGCAGUUUCGGUUGAUAACUGAUUCUAAUGUUCAGACAGUAGAAAAUGGAAAUCAGUCUAAUGGUAAUUCUACCAGUGAUCAAUUAUUAGAUGAGACAAAGCGAAAGAUUGGUGUCACUCUUGGUACUUCUGAGCAGCCUAAAAUAUGCUUGAACCAUGCGCCAGAUCAGUGCAAGUCAAGUAAAACUGAUUCACAUGAUAAAGGUACACACCAGCACGAGUUGGUGAGUUUACUCACCAGGGGAUUAGCUGAAACCACUGUUGCACGAUGGGAUGAUAUAGAAUUGCCAAUGACAGAAAAUCUGCAUAGGGUAGAAAGUUCAGUAAAGAAAAGCAUUGGUUAUGUCCUGGAUGAAUGGGACGAGGAAUACGAUCGCGGUAAGAGGAAAAAGGUGAAGAAUGGUAAGGAAUCAUUCGACGGGGCGAAUCCUUUCCAGGAUGUCGCGAGCAUGAAGGCACGAAAGAAGAUGAAGUUGAAGGUGGACCAAACCAGAGUGGGGAACCAACCGCUGCGGAUAUUAUGAUGGUGACGAUGAAACAUGGCCAACUGUUAUUUGUUGUAUCGUUUGUUUUUUAGCAUAAUAAUCAGUUUUGUUGUUGUUCUAAGUUUUCUGUUCGUCUAGUCAGAGAGUUAUUGUAUAACUUAUUUUUUUCGUUGCACCCAUUUGACAGCCUAAUUUAAGACGGACAUUUUGGCGAGAUCUAAUUUAAGACGGACAUUUUGCACCUAUACGAUGAAGUAAAAGAGAUUUUCAGAGAUCUGCAA